UAAUAAUCAGAAUAGAAAAGGAACAGUUCGAUUUCAACAUGUUUCCAAUAUCGAACUAGCACGAUCUCUCAAUUUCCGAUUCAACGAUCAAUGGAACCGUCAAACGCCGGUGACGAUCAUUUUUCCAACGCAAACUCAGGUUCCACGUCAGCUUUCACCUUCACCACCCCUUCCGUUUCCGGUCUCUCGAAGCCAAGAUUCGUUAAACUUCGCAAACACAACAAUGCCUACACCUUCAAUCGCGACGGUGCCGUCGUCAAUGCCGCCGCGUCCUUCCUCGGAUCCGAUAAUCUCGAUUCCUCUUCGAAUUUCGAUAAGCGGAUCAGUGAUCGAUUGAGGAAUCUCAAAAUCGGAAGCGAGGGUUUCGCGAACGCCGAUGGAAGCUUGUUCUCGACGCUUCCGGAAGAGAUGAUGAGUAAGUUGAAAAUCGUAACGGAAAAUAAAGGAGGUUUUGAUAACGCACGUGUUGAAUCGGAACUCGGAAACGAGUUGAAGAAGAAACUCAGCAUUAAAGAAACUGAGAAAAUUGGAAGAGGUAACAAUGUAGUUAGUGAUGAUAAUUCAGCUAAUUCGGUUAUUAACCAAAUGAAUAAUUUGAGUGUGAAUGAAAAUGAUGUAAUGAAAAACAAGUUUAACCUAGUUGACCAAAAUGUUGAACCUAAUUUAUGCAAUUCAUCUGCAAUGUCAUCAUCAUCACCAUCACCAUUAGCUACGGCAUCCGCUUCGGCUUCUGUGUUAUUUCAACCUGUUGAAGUGAAUAAGAGGGAUGCAUUUGUGUUUCAUAGUAAACCAGAAGCUUCAGGGUCAUCUUUUGUUGAGUUUAAAACGCAUGCGCCAAAGAUUGGUGGCAAAGAAGGAAAAGUGAAGGAAAAAAGUGGCAACGUGAGAAUGAAUAAAAGUAGAGUGAACCUGAAGCAUUCUACACAAGCACAACCUUGGAAUGGACAUGGUUUUGUUUUUAAAGGAAGUGUUUCACAACAAGAUCAACCUCGGGGUUCUUUUGAGGCUUAUUCGCCUAUGGAUGUCUCUCCUUAUCAGGAGAAACUGGCCGAGACUCAAACCUCGAGGGAAAGUUCUGUGACAUCGAAUGAGUCGUUUGGUGUUGAUGGUAAUGAUUCUGUAUCGAUGAGUUUUGUUGAUCACAUUGAUGAAGAUUUGAUUGAGGCAACUGAGAACAUGAAUAUAAAUGAGAGUAGUGAAGUUGCGUGCGGAAGUGGAGAUACAAAGGAAGGAAAUUCAGAGUGUGAUAUACAUGAAAAUAUUUGUGUUGAUGAAGUGAAAAAGGAUGAGUCUGUUUCUGGGGUUGAAACUGAAAGCUUUAAAUCUGUUAGUAAUAAUGUGGACCUAACUAAUGAUUUGGCUGGUACACACGCAGAAACUGAAUCCCGUGAUGGGGAUAGAAUGUUGAAUAGUUUUAGUUCGAGAAAUGAAAGUGUGAGUGGGUCUGCAUUCACCUUUGCUGCUGCUUCUUCUGCUGAUGCUCAAUCGUCUAGCCCAAAACGCCAUAACAAAAAGAAAAAUUGGGUAAAUGUAGGUCAUGAUUCUUACAACUACGUGCCAAGCAUAAAGGUUCCUUAUUCAUCAUCGUCUGUGGCAUUUGCUGCGGUUUCUGGAAAGCCUCUUGUUGCAACAGGGCAAGACAUAAAAGCCAAAGUGUCUUCUCCUCAACCCAAAACAAAGGAUUCUGAUGUGAAUGAGGAUUCUGUUUCUGCUGAAGCAUGUGAAAAGUGGCGCCUUCGAGGGAACAUUGCCUACAAGAACGGGGAUUUGUCUAUGGCUGAGAAUUGUUACAAACAAGGACUUAGUUGUGUAUCUAAAGAACAAGCAUCUCGGAGCUGUCUCAGGGCUUUGCUUCUAUGUUAUAGCAACCUGGCUGCCACACACAUGUCUCUUGGUAGGAUGAGAGAUGCAAUAGAAGAUUGUAGGCUGGCUGCUGAAAUAGAUCAAAAUUUCCUCAAGGCGCAACUCAGAGCUGCAAAUUGUUAUCUUGCUCUGGGAGAAGUUGAAGAUGCAUCACGAUAUUUCAAAAGGUGCUUGCAAUCAGGAACUGAUGUUUCUGUAGAUCGAAAAAUUGCGGUGGAAGCCUCCAAUGGCUUACAAAAUGCACAGAAAGUAUCAGAUUUCAUUUAUCAUUCCUCGGAGCUUUUGCAAAGAAGAACAUCCUCCGAAGCAGAGAGGGUAUUGAAACAUAUUAAUGAGGCAUUGAUGAUCAGUGUGUACUCUGAAAAAUUGCUUGAAAUGAAAGCAGAGGCUCUUAUAAGGCUGUGUAGAUACGAGGAGGUGAUUCAGCUGUGUGACGAGACCCUUAGUUCUGCUGAGAAGAAUGCUUGUCCAAUAGCUGCUGGUUGCCAAGUCACAUAUCUGGAUAAUGCAGAACUCUCAAAAGUCUUCUACUUCAGACUAUGGAGAUGUUCAAUGAUGCUUAAAGCCUAUUUUCACAUAGGAAAGCUUGAAGAAGGUCUUUCUUUGCUGGAACAACAAGAGGAAAAGGUGUCUGCCAUUAACAAGAGUGGAAGCAAGGUUUUGGCUUCACUUAUACCACUAGCUGCCACUGUAUGCGAGCUCUUGCAGCAUAAGACUGCAGGGAAUGAAGCAUAUCAGGCUGGCAGACACACAGAAGCUGUUGAACACUAUACAUCUGUUUUAUCUUGUAAUGUGGAGUCUCGUCCAUUUGCAGCUGUAUGCUAUUGUAAUCGUGCCGCUGCAUAUAAAGCAUUAGGUCAAAUAACCGAUGCUGUCGCAGAUUGCAGUCUGGCUAUAGCUCUUGAUGGAAAUUAUUUUAAGGCACUUUCUAGACGUGCAAGUCUGUAUGAGAUGAUCAGAGAUUAUUACCAAGCAGCUAAUGAUCUUAGGAGACUUGUCACUCUUCUCAGUAAGGGAAUAGAGGAUAAUGCCAAUCAUAAAGGAACCUCUGAUAGAUUAAUUAAUUAUACCAAUGAUUUAAAACAACAUAGCAUUCGGCUCUCCGAGCUAGAGGAGGAAGCCAGAAAGGAGAUCCCUCUUGAUAUGUAUCUUAUUUUGGGAGUUGAACCGUCUGUUUCAAUAUCUGAAAUCAAAAAGGCCUAUCGGAAAGCUGCACUUAGACAUCAUCCGGAUAAGGCUUGCCAGUCUUUGACAAAAAGUGACCAUGGAGAUGAUGGAAUAUGGAAGGUUAUUUCUGAGGAAGUACAUAGAGAUGCUGAUAGGCUUUUCAAAAUAAUUGGAGAGGCAUAUGCUGUCUUGUCAGACCCUGCAAAGCGGGCACGGUAUGAUGCAGAAGAAGAAAUGAGACAUGCCCAAAAGAGACGCCCUGGAACUAUGGGUAGAAAUAAUAUGGAGAAUCAGUAUUGCCCAUCUGAACAAUCCAACAGGAGACAAUGGAGAGAGGUUUGGAGAUCAUAUGGUAAUUCGUCUUCUCGAAGUUCUGAUGCUGACCGAUCAAGUAGGAAGUAACGAAAGUUGCAUGGAAUGUUAAUCCGGUUAGGAUCUUGAUUGCAGUGUGAGUCAUGGAACGGGACCUUGUUAGGGGGUGCUUAGUUUAUCUACUGCAUUUGGCAUGCCAAAUUUUUUGCAGCUUCAAUCCUUUGAGUUUAGAAGAGGUGUGCAGGAGUCCUGCAAUUAUAUUAUCUAUGACAUAGCAGUUGGAGAAACUAAGCUGGUCAAUGCUUCGGGUUGCUUAGGGAGGUAGGAUUCUUCUCUCGACAAGAGAAAUAUGUGGUUGCAUUUGAUGAGCAAUUUUACAGUACCAUGAAUUUAAGCAAGGAGUUGGUGUGUUGGCUUGGCAGUGUAAAGGAAGCUUGAAAUUUUUUGCAUUAUGGUUGAAAGAUCUGAUUUUUUGAAUUGCGUAAAUUAUAGACUCUUACAGGAUGUUGAUAUUGAGAUGUACAGACGAAAUUAAAUUGUAAUACCACGACAAAGAUUGUAAUUACAAAAACAGCAGUUGCAGUUUUGCCAGGGUGAAGAAGUAAAUAUUUUCCUCAAUGAUAAAAAAAUGAAA